UGUAGUAGUAAUUGAUGAGUGAUGACGGAGGUGAAAAUACUUUUUAGGGUAGAUGAAUUGGGAUGUUUAAAUGCAUCUACGUAAUUGCGACUAUGUAUUUUGUAAGUAUGACUUUUGAGUGUGUGUGUGUGUGAGAGAGUGUGUCUAUAUUUAAUGUAUAUGCUUUAACGAGGUGUCUUUUAUUGAUAUGUGCCCAAGCUGUAUAAUAUGUUUGGUUAUAUGUAUGAAUAUAUGAAUAUAAACUAAAUAUAUAUGAAUACUGUAUACACCUUUAAGUAUGGAUAUUUUAAUAAUACUUUAAUUUUAUAAUAUGUUUAGGUGUUUGUGAUACCUAAUUAAUGUCGAUGUAUAUAAUAUGUAACUAUAUAAGUAUCUAAAUAAUGUAUGAACCUAUGGGUAUAUGAGUGCAUGUGUGUUGCUAGAGAAAUGUGUGAAUGAGACUCAUCGACAUAUGUAAACGAUUAAACGAUUGACCAUAUAUAUAUAUAUAUAGGUAAUUAUAAAUAUUUCUGUAUGUUGUCGGGGAGAGGAAUGAGUGAAUGCAAACGUAUGUAUCUAUAUUUCAACGUGUAUAUUUUGAGGAUAAAAUUUUUUACAAGUUUAUGUUUGUGUGUGUGUGUGCUUGAGAUUUAUUCUCAUGUUCAUGUAUAUAUAACGUAUGCUUAGCGAGAUGUUAUCUAUUCGAAUUAUUUGAUUGUAUAUAAUAUUUAAACUGUAUAAUAAUAUGUUAAAUAAUAUGUAGGUACGUUGUGUGUAUGUUAUGUAUUGUGUAUGUGCAAGUGUGCGCGUACUGUGUUUUAGAUUAGACAUUAAAAGAUUAUGUUAACAUCACUGUGAUGACUGAUGACGUAGAUAUAAUAACGCGACGGUGCAGGGCUCGCGUGCGUUCGGGCCAGCCCUUGGUAGGGUAUAGUAGUGGUGGGAGAACUUAUACCACAGAAUAGAUGAAAUUUCAUCUAUUCUGUGCUUAUACCUCGCGUACGUAUGCGAGCGAUUGUCGUAAAAAUCAGUUGAAUGAGAUAACAUUUAUCAAUUAAGUAUAUGGGAAUAGGUGGCCCAGUGGUACAGUGCUCGGUUGGCAAGCGGUUAUUUUCCACGCGCGGCGGCAAUGUUGGCUGGUGGCAGAUAAUAGGUAGGUAGAGCCACAGAAUAGAUGAAAUUAAUUUCAUCUAUUCUGUGGUAGAGCGGUGUGGCGGGGAAUGUGUUACAUGCACGUUAUGUGAUAGAUGAUGAUAAUUCGUUAUCAUUUGAUAAAAUUUGUAUCUUUCAACGGUUUGGUUUUAUACGGGAAAAAAAUGUUCAAUAAACCAUACAUUAUUCCUAUAGAAAAGAUAGACCUCCAAGACGAUAAAUGCAACAUAAUCAGGUUGGUAGAUACCCAGAAAAAAUACCUCCCGGGGACAGUGUGCUCGAGGUUCGCCGCUUUCGUCACCUCACCGACUGUCCGAAGGCUGACCGGAGACCCGCGAGCAAGACGUCUUCUGCAGCAUCGUCUCCAACUGGACAAUCCUGGCUUGGAGUUUGGCAUUUUUCGCGGAGUUGGCGUUCAGUUGGGCCUGCAACCGCUUGUUGUCCUCGUGCAGCUCUUUGCCGCUGCACGUGACCGGUGCCGGCUUGCGCUCCAACGCCACGACCGACAUCUCUUCCACGGCCAUCCGCAACCGAUCCACGUGGGACCACGCGACCCCCAGCUCGGCCGUCAGUCUCUUGGUCAUCGUCCGCAACUCCGCCUUGUUCGGUCGGCUUCGGCGAGCACCGUCAAGUUGGUUGCACCUCCUCGGCCCGAUCCCUGUACGUCAACAGCUGGUCCAACAGUUUGUUGCUACACACCUGUAAACACGGGGACGUUGUAGUUUCGUUGGAAUAUUAAUUAAUCAAAAUACAAGCGAGUAUAAGUAGCUUUCGCGUUGUAAAUUAUUUUUCGUUGUAUAUGUAAUAGGUAUACCUAAUAAUUUCCAUUUGUCGAAAAAUGUUUGUUCAAAUAAAAUAAUUUUUUAAUUUUUUAACUAACUCGUAAUCCGUAAUCCGUAUUCAUAAUAAUAGGCAUUAUAUACUAUCUAUAUGUUUAAGGGCGGUAAAUUCUAAUCGACAACUCUAUGUAAAUAAUACGAAUACCAU